AUGCCCCCUCAUCUUCUGUACGGAUCGCCCAGGAGCGCUUCCAGCCCCGAGUCGGCCAAGACGGGAAUCGGCUCAUCGCCCGACAUCUCUGGAGGCUCCCACCGAGAUUCUCGGAAGAGAAAGAUUUCGGCUGAUGACUAUGACGACGAUGAUCUUCUUGAGGAAGGCGGUAAGCCGGUCAAGAAGACUGCUCACAACAUGAUUGAGAAGCGCUAUCGCACCAACAUCAAUGACAAGAUUGCCGCCUUGAGAGACAGUGUCCCCAGCUUGCGCAUCAUGUGCAAGAGCGCAAGAGGAGAGGACACGACCGAAGAUCGUGAAGAAUUACACGGUCUCACACCAGCCCAUAAGCUUAAUAAAGCAACUGUUUUGAGUAAAGCCACGGAAUACAUUCGGCAUCUGGAGAAGAGGAAUAACAGACUCCUGGAUGAAAAUGGCGUCAUGCACCAGAGAAUCGCCGCUUUCGAGAAGCUGUUCAUGGCCGGCGCCAUGAAUGGUUCCAUCCCUUCGAUGCAGCAGCCCACACCGAUACAGUAUCCUCAAGACGGCCAAUCCCAGCAACAGUCACAGCAGGCCCAGCAGGCCCAGCAGCAGCAACAACAACAGCAGCAGCAGCAGCAGCAGCAACAGCAGCCGCAAAUGACACCCUCUCCGCUUGAAAUUUCCCAAGAAGGCGGUGCAGGACCCGCUGGAAUGAUCGAUGUUCCAGAGGAUAUGAAACGAAUCCUUUCUGCCCAAAUGGCGAACCAGCCAUAUCCUGUGCCUCAGCAACAGCAAUUAUUCCGCCCGAACCCAUCAGUGGUCGGCCAGCAGCAGAUUCGACAGAUGCAGCAGCAAGGGCAGCAAGGAGGAUGGAACAAUGCGGGCCCCUACUUUGGCAAACUGAUGGUGGGCUCGCUCGCCGGAUUGAUGAUUUUGGAAGCAGUUCGGGAGGACGAGACCAGUAAUGAAGAGCCCCAAGGCCGUGGUCUAUUUGCCGUCCCCUUGCAGCUUCUCAAAUACCUCCCAUCACAGCUUCAUUUGCAUUGGGCGGGAAUUGAAGCCGGCAUCCCCCUGAAAUUCAUGCUCCUCUUCGGCCUGAUGCUGUGGGUUUUCAUACCAUCAGUAUUUUCCUUUUUCAAUCGAAGCCCUAAGAAGCAGCAAUCUACUGCUAUUCAUCCAGCUCCUUCUCUCGCAUCUCCCAUCAGUGUUCGCCGUCGCGCUUGGGAGACGGCGAUCCAGACUGUCUGGGUACCUCACCACAACUUCUUCCUGGAAGCCGCCGCAUUGAUGCUAAAGACGCUCAAACUUAGCGUACGCAAUGUAUUUGGCGUCCAUGCCUACCAACUUUUGACCGGAUUGACCCCUGAGCAAGAAGUGGCCCGGGUCAGCGCCUGGGCUACCGCUCUAGAUGCCCAACUCACUGGUGGCGACGCAGAGAUUUGCAUGAGCCGCCUUAUCCUAACACUUCUCGCCUCUGGAACCGUGCCGAAUACACCCAGCGGUCUAAUGCUCAAAGCGCUUCAUGUUCGCGUCCUAUUGUGGGAUCUAGGUCAAAAAUGGUAUCAGCUAGGACUCGUAAACUUCUUUGCCGCCAAGAUUGCACAGCAACAGUGGAAUGCCGCUCGAGACCUGAACCAAAGACUGAUGAAUAGCUGCCAAGAAGACGAGGCCUCCGAGGAGAAGCGACUGGAACAGAUAUUGCCCGACCACUUGGCUGCUUUGGUCGAACAGGACUGUGAUAAAGUCCUCACUACCGCAGUAAUUCAACGAGCUCACAACUUGGCCUUCAACUUGGAAACGACAUAUAAUGCAAUCCCGAUUGACGGUAUGGAUUCGGUAGUUGAUGAUACCGCUAUUGGAUCUCCCAUGGAUGCCCUUGCGGCUUGGUGGUCAACAGCCAAGGUACAUGAUAUUUUGACGAGCACACUAUCCGAUAACGAAGCGGCAUCAAAGGACCAGGGAGUAAUGGAACUGGCUGUCCAAGUCGCGCCCUUUGGCUCUCAUGCUCGAGCACGGGCGAUUAUGGCCCGUUCUGUGCUUGCUCAUUAUUGUCGUGGGCAAAAUAUCGCCGCCGCUGUUCAAGUUCUUCGAAUCGACACCACCAGCAGCGAGCUUAUCGAACCCAUGUCAUUCGCUACCGCCGAAUCGAAUCCCUUUGCCAAUCCGGCACCCUUUCCUCCUGCCCAGCCAAAUACUCCUAAUCCCGACCUGGAGCUUUGCCUGCGCUGUGCAACAGCUUCAGCCCACAUUAAGCGCUUAGGUGGAAAGGUCGCUAGCAACAAAACAUACGUCCGAACCUCUAUCGAAAAAGUGAUUCAUCUAUCAACGCAAACGCAAAUGUCGCUUUUGAGCUUUACAUCCGUCAUGGAAGUUUUAGAGCAGAUAUUAAAGCACAAGGAUACAACAAACAAUUUUGCGCCGCUCGUGGAGCAGCUGGCUGCCAUCCUACGGCUUUGGAUGGGCAGUCCACUGGCGCUAACUUGCGGUGUACCACCCGAUCUUCAAGACAAAGUAAUUAAUCGAUGUAUAACCGUGACGAAAAGAGUGGUGGGCAUGGAUGUGGAUACUGGCUACGAAACCAUGACGGACGACGAAGAU